UGAUUUGGCGCGCGGGACCAGCACACCAGCUUUUGAAACAACGCAGCCGUUGUCGAGUACCACACGCUGGAAGAGGGGCCUCCCAGCUAUCGGCCGAUGACAAAACCGAAGGGCAGGAACAAGCCCACAGGCGGUGUCGGUGGACGCGAGACGAAGGCGGGAGAGAGACCCAAGACGGCAGCGGCGAGAGAUGCUUUGGCCCUGGACAGAUGCAGCGCUAAGCUUGAGCAGGAGCGUGCAGCGCUCGCGUCGGAGAUGGCGCAGAGAGAGCAAGCGCUCAGGGCGAGGGUGCAAGCGCUUAGAGCGAAGGAGGUGGCGUUCGCCAAGAAGGAGGAGGCAGCGCCGCGCGCCGCUGCUCAACGGGAAAAGCGUGAGCAGGAAGAGGUUGAGCGCGUCGAAGCGGCAGCUGCCUGUUCGGCGGAGAAGGUGGCUCAGGACCUGGACUACAUGGACACAUCUGUGCACGAGGUGAAGCCGAAGAAGGGCGAGGUUGCGCGCACUUUCAAGAUCGGCCACGACAAGGUCAGACGCAUCAACAACCACUGGUGGGAUCACCGCCAGUUGUACGAGACCACCGCCGUGGGGAGAGGCAAGACGGCAAAGAAGGAUGAUGGGCGACGCCGCCUCACCAAAGUACAAGAAGAUCAACUUCGCGAGUUCAUCAACGACGGGCACAAGGCCGCUCGUCAAGUCUUUCGCCGCACGGUGGCAGAAUGGAUGCACAGGACUUGCAACAUGGAGCAGCCGUCUAACCGUUCGGCAGGAGGGCUGCUGAGUAGGCUCGGCUACAAGCGUCGUAGAGGCAGGAUUAAAACGCCACCGUUAAACGCCGAAAGACUUGCUCCCAUUCGUCGGUUUCUUGUUGAAAUGGACACGGCAAAGAGGGCAGAGGAUGCUGGGUUAGCAGUGAUCGUGUACAUGGAUGAGAGUUUUGUCCACCAGGCUCAUGGUUCCCCCUAUUCUUACUUUCCUUCGGACGACGAUGGAGUUGUGCAGGAUGGGAUUGGUCGCACAACGGGGAAGGGCUUGCGCAUGAUCAUGGUGCAUGCAAUCACGAAGUGGGGGCCGUUGGCUAAGCUUUGUGAUGGGUUACCGAUCGAAGAGGGCUGGUUCAAGGAAACGGGUAGCGGCAAGAAGGAAAUGGAAGAUGAGGAGACAGCAGAGUUUCUGUGGCAGGUUAAGUUGGCAAAGGGUGAUUACCACGCAGCAAUGACCGACUCGAUGUUCAUGGAGUGGCUAGAACACCGCCUUAACCCUGCGUACAACGCGAUCCCUGAUUUCAAAGGCAAACGGAUGAUUCUUGUUCUUGACAACACCAAAAAGCACAACGUCGAUCUGUUGCGUAUGUUUGGGGUCAAUUCGAUCAGAGUUAAGCGUAAGGAGGGCGAACAGGGCGUUGUUGAGCACAACUUGGAGGUACCGACAGAGCCUGGUCCUUCAUUCCCUGCAGGGAACAGGGAGGGCGGUGUAAGCAGAGCGGAGGUAGCAACGGCCACUCGGGAGUACAUCCACCUCAAUCACCCUGAAAGGCUCGAGGAACGGGUGGUGACGUUCAUGAGGAAAAAGGGGUGGGCGUUGAUUUGGACGCCGCCCUACAUGCCGUCCUUUCAACCGAUCGAGCUUUUUUGGCAGCAUGGUAAGCAGUACGUCAGCCUUAACUUUGAGUUGAAGCGAAAGAUGCGGGAGGUGUGGGUGCAGAUUCGUAAAGGUUGGUACGGGGACAAGGAAUGGCCAGGCCAGGAGGGGGGGUGGAAGGCAGCCGAUUGUUCGAAGCUGGUUGACCACGCCAUUGGAGAGAUGAAUAAGUGGGUCAAGGACCGUGAUGGAGUGCUUUCUGGUACGAUAGGCAGCCUCGAAAAGCCGGACGGGUACGAUACAGAUGAUGUGUCGCCCGUGGGUGAUGUCGAGGAAGGGGUAGGGGAGCAGAUCCAGCAGGAAAGCGCAGAAUGGGGUGAUGGCAGCGACGAGGUUGAACCAUGA